UGUGAGAGGCUCAGUGUGAGUAUCCAGGAGACUCAUGAUUGCAGGUUUUCUGGACUAACUUGAUGUUUCAAAGGCCUGUCAUGGAGACCAGCCAGGUCAGAAAUCCUGCACUUUCAGACAGUUUGAAGUACAACGAGAAGUCUGGAGUCUUCCUGCUGUUCUCAGGAGUUUUCCUUGGCCUUGCGGGUCUCACUUUCACCACCAUGGGCUGGUAUCACUACCGAGAAAACUCCAAAUUUGGCUGGACGCAACUUCUAGGCCCCGUCCUGAUCUCCAUGGGAGGCACUUUCAUGCUAACCAGCUUCUGCAGGUUUGGGAUCGUGUCCUGCUGGCCCUGCAGACAGUUGGAUGAAGGAGUGCGUGUGAUGCCUGCGAUGGAUCAAACAUCAAUAGCACCUUCUAUCAUUGCCGCUGAGUUCCAGUCUGGCGGGUGUGUGAAUGGCGUCCAUGCUGCCCGGCCUCCACACGCCGCUGUGUACUGUGUGGAUAACGCAGCUUUCACAGCAGAAGAAGAAGAAAUGGACCACAGAAGAAGCAGGAUUGAGAACACAGGAGGAAAGAAGACGUGGUGAUGCUAUGAGUUCACUUCCACCUGCAUAUGGAGAUAUCUACUCUACCUAUAGUAAAACAAUCUGACAAUAUUUAUUUUAAUAUGUUUAUUUUAAAGCAAAACUCCAACCUCCCAUGCAUUUCCUGCCACAGCAGCCAAGAGUGGCUUUGCUUAGGUUUUACUUCCCUCACACAGCUGUUAUCAUGUACAGUUACCAUCAUAAUUAUGGAUGAAGUCAUACAAAAUGAGACUCCCUGGAAGAAAACCUCAUUAAAAUUGAGAUUUAUGGCCAUCAGCUUCAUGUGAGGGCUCUAAGGUUCUGGAAACGUAGAGAUACUAUACAUUUGGCCAAAAAAAAUAUGUAUAAAUGUAUAUAUAUAUAAAUGUGCUUGUUGUCUCUCAAUAGCUGCUGACAACACUGUACUCAACCCUUUAAUAUUGGCAUGGAAAAUAUGGUCAGCAAUUGCUGACUGACAAAACCGGGACAAUUUACCAUAAAGAGAUUGACCAUUUUUAUACCAGUAGAGAAUUAACAUCAAAAGAGGACAAAGUCAUUGUGGUCAUUAACAUUGUAUUUGUAAUUGUUCACAUUUCUGCAGCAUCUUUCAUGUUUGUUUGUGGAUUUUAAAAAACAUCACAAAAGUCGAAAAAGGACCAGGUUUAUAUGAAAAUAUCUCAAAAUGUCUGGAAUUUAUAUCCACUAGUCUCUGACUACUAUUACAAAUACUACUACUACUACUACUUGUACUUACAGGAGUAAUAUUAUUUAAUAUAUGAAGCUAAAUUGUCCUAUUUAUUUCCCCCUUUCCCGGCUGGAUCAUUCCACUGUAACAGUUUACUGAGGCAUUCACUGUCGGUUGUGUUUGCAGGAUAAACAGACGGUAAGGUUCACUGCACCACACGGGGGCAGAAACACUGAGGAAAUCUGAACACCUUCACUCACCGGCUCAGGUCAGGUGGUGUUACCGGGGUUAUUGAAGUAUAUGGUAUAAUGGAUGUAAUAGCCUAUUAAUAAUGACAAAUAAUAAUAAUAAAAUACAAUUCAAUGUUGUUUGCAAAAAAAAACCGGCAUCACCGUCUGUUUUCAACCAUUCCUAAAACGUGCCUGUCCAUCACCGCCAUUUAUUAAAUUUCACGGUGAUGCAGUUAUUUCUUAUCCAUCGCAAAUAACCUUAAUUUUCUAGUAGAAUUUGGCUUAUUUGUAUAUUUGAUUAUAUUCACGUAUUUUGCUUUUUCACUGUAUGCUACAAAACUUCAAGUUAACUUUGUGUUGAAAGGUCUUCUAAAUAAACAGCCUUGCCUAAAACAGUC